GUGACUUCGUCAAAGUAAACGUUAGAUUUUAUUUUAGUAUUAAUUAAUUAGUAAAUAAUAUGGAACAAAAAGAUGAAGCUUGUGAAAAUAUGUUGGAUCCGUGUAAAAUAGAAUACGCCAGUUCAAAAAAGGAUUUCAGCUCUAAAAUCGGUUAUGUUUUAAAUAAUAUUACUGUAGAACCUGUGCUGUUACUUGUCCAGGCUUCAUCAAUAUUGACAAGUUUAACCACUCAAAAUUUAAAUCUACAAAAAGCAUGUCGAGUGAAUUUAAAUUACAGCGAUGAAAUAUGUACCGCUAUAGAAAUUAAAAAUACAACUUUUUAUAAAAAUGAAGAACUCGAAGUACAACAAUUGGUAACAAAUAUGCUAAUAUGGCAAACUAUAAUACAAUGCAGCGUACCAUGUGUACUAGUGAUAUUUAUUGGUUCCUGGAGUGACCGGCAUAAAAAACGAAAACCUUUCAUCUUAAUACCAAUUAUUGGAGAAUUAAUAAGAAACAUUGGAUUAAUUUUGUGUGUAUACUUUUUCUAUGAAUUACCGAUGGAAAUAGCAGGCCUGGUUGAAUCAAUACCAAUGGCUUUUUCGGGAGGAAUGUCUGUUUUAUACUUAGCUGCAUUUUCCCACGUUAUAGAUAUUAGUACUGUAAAAAAUAGAACUCUUAGAGUUGGACUUUUAAAUAUAUCUUUUGGAACUGCAUGGCCAGUUGGUGCUGCUCUUUCUGGGAUCAUAUACCAUAAAUUUGGUUUUUAUGCUGUGUAUGGCUUAUCUUCAAUAUUAUUCAUGAUAGGUCUUAUUACUGGAUUUUCACUUGUUAACGACCAACCAAAAAGUUCAAAAAAUAACAAGCUUAUCGAAAAGAAACAAAUGUGUAUGUUGGACUUUGUAGAUUUUUUCAAUGUUAAACACAUAAAAACUGCUUGGAAUGUUACAUUUAAGAAAGGACCAAACUCGAGAAAAGCUAAAAUUAUUAUGUUACUUAUACUUUUCUUAAUUGUGGAUGGUCCUAUACAAGGAAUCAUUGCAGUUGAAUACAUGUACACUCAAUUAAGAUUUAAAUGGGAUGAGGUCGACUAUAGUUUAUUUUCAACAAGUGUAUUCCUAAUAAAUAUAACAGGUAUCUUGUUAACAAUCAGCGUACUCACCAAAAUAUUAAAAAUGGAGGAUUCAUUAAUAGGACUGAUUGCUGUUACUUGUAAAGUGAUCGGAGGUUUUAUAUUUUCAUUUGCCUCUACAGAGUAUAUGUUUUACUUUGGAGCGUUUGUUGAAAUGAUGUUUUCUGCGUCAUAUAUUGCUCCAAGAGCUAUAAUUUCAAAAAUUGUACCACAAGACGAAAUUGGCCAAGUGUCGUCAAUUAUUGUUGUCAUACAAACAGUGUCACCAGUAAUUUAUAAAACAUUAUAUGGCAUUAUUUAUAAGCUUACGAUGAAGAUAUUUCCAAGUUUCUACUAUGUGUUCACCUCCUUAUUAGUUAUGCCAGCAAUUUUCGUUUACUUGUGGAUAUAUCAACAAAGUAAACGAUCAAAUAACAAAGUGAGAUUAUGAUAGUAAAAUAAUUUAAAGUUUUAUAAAAAGUAGAUGGUGAAUAAUUAACCAUAUGGUUCAUUAUUAUAAAACGUUAUUUUUUACUUAUAUUUUAUUAAAAACUUCUUACACUAAGGAAUUAUUUUAAAACCAGUUAUACACAAAAAACAACUGCUUUCAUUUGCCCAACACGAAAGCGAGUAUUUAACAACUGUCAAAUUUAUUACAAAAGAAGUAUAUAAGAUCUUAGUGUGUAUAUUUCUCAUUAUAUAUGCGUAAUUGAUAUUUAUGGAAAAUUUUCACUUAUUUAUUAUUUAAUAGAGCGUUCAUUAAUUUUAAGGGAAACAAUUUUCUAGUUAUGUAUAAUUAUAAACUAUGCAUACAUUAGAUUUCUAUAGUGCAUUAAUUGGGGUAAUUUUACCUUUGUACUGUAUGAGUUAAUCACAAAAUUAACGAGGUAAGUACUCGUUUAUAAGCUAUUUCAUAUUGUAUUCUGCACAUACAUUUCAAUAUUACGGAAAUGUUCGGGUAUUGUAAAUAGAAAACGUAUUUACCUAUUGACUAUGCAUUGUUGUCUAAUUAUUGAAUAAGUACGUUUAUGUUGCCAUCUAAAUUAUGACUAAAAUUAAUAAAUAAUUACGCAUGUAAAUAUGUUUGAAUAGAUUUCAUGUAUUUUUUGUUCCUACCUACCUAACCUAAUCUAUUGUUUGUUGAACUUGAAUAACUUUGUAACACAUUUUUAUUGUAAACAUAUACAGCAUAAUUUUAUUUUAUUCCACUAUAGUUAUUUAAGUUUUUAAUUUUAAGUUAUUUUUCCUAAGUACUUUACAAUUACAUAUGAUUUAUAUUAUAAAUCAUGUUUUUUUAUUCAACGAUUAACCAUUUUUCCUGUAACCACUUUUUAAUUUUAAUUAUUAAAUAAGAAUUUGUUAUGUAAUGUAAUCAUUUUUUUUUUUUUUGCAAACGUGUAAUAUAAAUUAAGUAUUUUUCAUUUUUUAAAAUGGUUAUUUUAUUAUUAUUAUUAUUGUUAUUGUUAUUAUUAUUUUAUUUAUUUUUUAUUAACAUAAUCGUGUAAUAUAACUCAAAAGACAGUUAACCAAUGAAAGCUUAAAAAUGUUUUUUUUACAUUUUAAAUAUUGGUAACUUGUAUUUACUAUUUUCUAAAAAAAAAAUUUAAGUAAUAAAUUGAGCAGAUUUUUAUCAUGUUUAAAGCAAAAC